AUGGCAAAACUUCCAAGCUUGUUCUUAGUCCUCUCUUUUGUAGUAGCCAUGUCCGUCGUAGGCUCCCAGGCUGAUGGAGGCUGUGAUAAAGACCUCCAAAGCCUGAUAAGUGAAUGCAAUCAGUACGUGAUGUUUCCAGCGAAUCCAAAGAUCCCUCCUUCAGAUGUCUGUUGUGGUGUCAUCAAGAAGGCAAAUGUUCCUUGCUUGUGCACCAAGGUCACCAAGGAGAUUGAGAAGGUCGUGUGCAUGGAGAAGGUUGUGUAUGUUGCUGAGCAAUGUAAGAGGCCAUUUGAGCAUGGCGUCCAGUGCGGAAGCUACACGGUUCCUAGAAAAUGA